CAAGUUCAAUUGUGCCUUUGUUUCCUGAUCCAAACAAGCCUGUAUUUUUCACUUCACUAGAAUUACUGUGUAAGACAAAUGAAUACUUCUGUAAACUAUUGUGUUGUAGAAAUUUAUAAAAUCUAAUAUAGCCAAGAAUGAAAGAGGACACUUCGAGUUUCUGCAUCUGUUUUUCCCAGCUUUUAAUUAAAGUGUUCUUGGCGCUCCUAACCCAUUUCUAUAUCGUCAAAGGAAAUAGAAAAGAAGCGGCUAGGAUAGCAGAAGAGAUCUUUGGUGAAAUUUCAGAUUGCUGGGCUGAUCGAUCUCCACUUCAUGAAGCGGCAGCUCAGGGGCGCCUACUGGCUCUGAAAACUUUAAUUGCACAAGGCGUCAAUGUGAACCUGGUAACAAUUAACCGGGUCUCUUCUCUCCAUGAGGCGUGCCUUGGCGGACAUGUGGCCUGCGCUAAGGCCUUACUGGAGAAUGGUGCCCACGUCAAUGGGGUGACAGUUCACGGAGCCACGCCCCUCUUCAAUGCUUGCUGCAGUGGCAGUGCUGCGUGCGUCAACGUGCUGCUGGAGUUUGGCGCCAAGGCCCAGCUCGAGGUGCACCUGGCCUCACCCAUCCACGAGGCAGUGAAGAGAGGAAAUAGAGAGUGCAUGGAGAUUCUGCUGGCAAAUAACGUUAACAUUGACCAAGAAGUGCCUCACCUCGGAACUCCCUUGUAUGUGGCUUGCACCUACCAGAGGCUUGACUGUGUGAAGAAGCUUCUAGAAUUAGGAGCCAAUGUUAACCAUGGUCAGUGGCUGGACACCCCUCUCCAUGCUGCCGCCAAGCAGAACAGUGUGGAAAUCAUCCACCUGCUGAUAGACUAUGGGGCUAACCUCAAAUGCAGAAACGCCCAGGGCCAGAGCGCACUUGAUCUGGCGGCUCCAAAGAGCAGCGUAGAGCAGGCCCUCCUGCUCCGGGAAGGCCCACCUGCUCUUUCCCAGCUGUGCCGCCUGUGUGUCCGGAAGUGCUUGGGUCGCAACUGUCACAAGAUCAUCCACAAACUAUACCUGCCGGACCCAUUGGAAAAAUUCCUCCUAUACCAGUAGUCUCCACCAUCUAUAGGAAGAUACUUGGAAAUAAAUAGGUUGUUGCCUGCUGUACCCAGGGUGCUUAGUGUAGACGCGCAACAGCUAGAUCCUGGUAUCUUCACAUGAGCUAAACUAGUUAGAGCAUAACACUGAUGAACUGGAGUACGUGGGGAAUGGAGACCCCUGAUUAGCAUUCUUUUUAACCAAGGUGCAAUCAGAAACCUUUUCAUUUUUAUUUCUCACUAAGAAAUUUAAAAAAAAUUGUGAGGUAGAAUGAAACUAGUAGGCAGUUUUUCAAGAUUCAUGAUUCUCAAUUAUCUAAUGGUUACCAUUCUGCUUAGCAUGUAGACACGUAAAUCGGGGUGGAUAAGAUUAUGAUGAAUAUAAGUCUUCCAAGAUAGAUUUUUGAUUCAGUUAUUCCCUCCCUCCCCUUUGUUUCCUUUCAUGAAUAAAUCUCUGCUAAAAUUUUA